AAGCCCUGGGGGUGGGGCUGCUCGUUUCACAUGCUUGGCCUCAUUCCUUUUGUGCCCAGGGCUGGAACCCCGUUUUUCUGGGAGUAAGCGUGCUCCGCGUGGAGGGGAAGCAACGAGAUCGCAGAGCGAGGGGGAGGGCGUGGCGUUCCCAGGAAGCGGCCGCGGGGCGCAGGCGCGUGGCGCCACCGUUCGUUCGUGGCCUGGCCGGGGUGCUGGGUGUCGGCAAACCAGCGGGUGGGGCUCUGAGAUGGCCUCGGAGCCACCCUGCGCCCCCGGCUCCCCGGAAGCCCCGGACAAGGGCAAGAAGACAGUGUCACAGCAGUGUGAAGUACAGCCGCUUUUGGUCCCCUCCGGCGACAUUGCGCAUCCGCCCCAGAAGCUGCCCCGUGCGGCCCUGGUCAGGGGCUAUGGCCGCUUCCAUCUGUCGAUUGUGGAAGCACGCCAGGGCCAGCUGCUGUCCGGCUUGGACCCCCUGGAGGUGGGCAGGCGCUCACUGCCAUUAGAGAAGCACCCGAUGCCUGAGGAGAAGUUCUGGGGCGACCAGGAGUCCCUCUCCAAGAUCCCAUUUAAAAUUAUGAAGGGACACAGUCACACUGUGAGUUCCUGUAACUUCUGUGUGGAUGACACAAAGCUCCUCAGUGGCUCCUAUGACUGCACUGUGAAGCUGUGGGAUGCUGUGGAUGGCUCAGUCAUUCGGGAUUUUGAGCACAGGCCCAAUGCUCCUGUUUUAGAGUGCAGUGUGACGGCUGACAGCAAAAGAAUUAUUGCAGCGUCCUAUGACAAAGCAGUGAGGGCUUGGGACCUUGAGACAGGCAAGCUGCUGUGGAAGAUCAAUCAUGAAACCUUCAUAGCCUCCUGUAAGCUUUCUCCUGAUGGCAAAUACGUGGUCUCAGCCUUGGACGUGGAUCGCGGAAUCUGUAUAACAGAUGCGGAAAAUGCCACCACUGUGUCACACAUCAAAAAUCAUCACAGCCGGUCUCUCACGGCAUGCUGCUUUGACCCCAACAGUCAGAAGGUGGCUUCCGUCUCAUUGGACAAAAGCAUCAAGAUCUGGGAUAUCACAUCCCAAGCCACGCUGCUCACCAUCACCAAGGCACAUUCCAGUGCGAUCUCUAACUGCUGUUUCACCUUCAGUGGCCAUUUCCUGUGUACAAGCUCUUGGGAUAAAACCUUAAAAAUAUGGAAUGUCCAUACAGGGGAGUUUCGAAACUGCGGAGCCUGUGUGACUCUGAUGCAGGGCCAUGAAGGUUCUGUGAGCUCCUGCCACUUUGCCAGAGACACCUCUUUUCUCGUGUCUGGAGGGCUCGACAGGACUGUGGCUCUCUGGGAUGUAGGAGAAGGCUACCGGAAGCUCUCCUUGAAGGGCCAUAGUGACUGGGUGACAGAUGUUGCCAUUAGCAAUGACAAGAAACGGGUCCUGUCUUCUUCAAAGGAUAGGACCAUGAGACUAUGGAAUAUUGAAGAAAUUGACCAAAUUCCUUUGGUCAUAAAGUACAAAAAGGCCCUGGGCUCAAAGGUGAAACAGUGUGAAGUGUGUGACAGGCCUUUCUCCAUCUACGAAAGUGACAUCUUUUCCGAAACCGUCACCAAAUGUGUGUUCUGCCGGAUGGAUGCAAAAGACUUGUCAGCAGAGGCCUCAUCAUCAUCCGGAGGGGAAGACUGACUGCCAAGGGAGUGCAGCCCGGCCACAGAUGACUGAUGGCCAUUGGGCCUGUUGACUGACUUGAGCACAGGUCACCUGUCAUAUGGGUUUUGGGGUUCUGCAGGGACCUUUCUCUAUGGCCCCUUCCUGGCCGGGUAGGCGUAUCAGACAGGGGCAGGGGCAUGGCCUCAGCUCCACAGCACUCUUGGUGGCGGAGAUCAUACACUUUUUUAGUUUUCAUGACGAAUAAAUCUAGAUUCCUUUAGAAAACAAGCAUGUGUGUGAAUUCUAGAGGCAUUUUUGCUCCUUCUAAGCUUUAUGACCUGGUGUUCCUGGUGUCAUUUUUGGAACACAUUCUGGACUCUGGUGUUGCCCUGUGAGGCAGUCAGGCUAGCAACUGCAGCUCCUGUGGCCGGCUCUGUCAAACGACAGGAAGAUGUGUGGGGACCCCUCUGGGGAGGAGACUGUUGUGUAGCAAGGCACUCUGGGUCGUCCCUGGUUAACACUCCCAGACGGCCAUCCACCCAGAGCAGAGGAAGGUCUGGUUAGGCAGGUGGGCGGAGGGCAUUUCCAUCACAGGGUGGGUCAUCCUCUCCACCCCAGACUUUUCCAGAAUGCCCAGGCAGAUGUAGAGCCCUCCUCCUGCUCCCACAGCAUACCGCACUACAUAAAUCAAUUCCUUCAGAAGGUUUCAUGGACAAACAGGAAUGGCUCCCUUUCCCAUUUGCUAUGGCUCGCACGAUUCCUGUCAGUCGUUAGCACUGCCCUUGCUUUGUUUAAAAAACUUAAUUGUAGGUCUGAUUUAUUUAGCGUAUUUGACUGGCAUCCAAUGAUUCUGCCCAUGAGCACCUUAACCUGGUAGUCACUAUUUGGGCAGGUUCCGUGCUUGGGCGCUGCCCUCCUCAGUCAUAACCCUGGUGACUCUGGUCACCCUGGGGCUGGCUGUUCAGUAUGUAUCCACUUAUCCACAUGAAUGAUGUAUGAACAUGUCAAAGCUCCACUUCACGCUCUCUUUCAAAGAGAAUUCCUUUUGCUAAGUGGUCUCCCUCCUCCCGCACACAGCGCGCACAGAGGAGUGCUUCCCCUUCUGCGUUGGAGGACGGCUCGGCCGCAGGUACCAACAGUGUCACACCGAUGGGCACAUAGCUUUGUUUCUCGAUUUUUGCUAUUACAGAUAAUACUGGAGUAAAUCUUCUUG